AUGUCGUUCGCAGCAGCAUCAGCAGCCACCGCAGCAUCACCUCCUGCCAGUGCAGUUCCUUCGUCUGUCAAUGGAGCAGCUUCCGCUGGCAGCACGGCAGCAUCAGCUUCGGCUGGUGUGCCUGCCCUCAAAAGUGCCAUCGUUCGCAGCGUCCUCAGUGGUGACACCAUCGUCAUCCGGCCCAAGGGCGUCAACAUCCCAGGCAAGGAAGAGACUGUCCACAUCGCUGGGAUCGCCGCUCCUCGUCUCGGCUCUCGCGACCGUGACGACGAUCCUCAGGCUUUCCCCUCUCGCGAGUAUCUUCGCGUCCUAACCGUGGGUCGCGAGAUUCGAUACCGCAUCGAGUAUACCGUCCCUGCUCCAGCAGCGGUACCCGGAAGCACCGUCGCUCAGCCUCGCCAAUUUGCUCACGUCUUUUUGCCGCCCAAGUCCCCCGGCUUGCCCGACACCAAUGUAGCGCAUGAGAUCCUCGCUGCCGGCUGGGCCAAAGUGCACGACUCGGUCGCCCGUCGCAGCGACGAGACCGACGACGGCAGCUGGAAGCAAAAGCUGCGCGCCGUCCAGGACGAGGCCACCGCUGCUGGCGUCGGUCUUUGGGGUCCGGACGAUCUGCUCAAGGUUUAUCACUCGAUGCCGGAAGACACUGCAGCCUUCCUCGCAGAGUGGAAGGGCAAACCGAUCGAAUCCAUCGUCGAACAGGUGCGUGACGGCAGCAUGCUUCGUGUCCGUCUGCUCCUUUCGUCUACGCACCAGCAGAUGAUCAACCUCAGCUUGGCCGGCAUCAAGGCACCUCGCGUCACCGGCGGCGGUGGCGCCAGCCCCACCGACGCAAGCGAGCCUUUCGGGGAAGAGGCAAAGUUCUUUGUCGAAAGCCGUCUCCUGCAGCGCAACAUCAAGGUCACCCUGCUCUCGGUACCUCAGCCCGUCGCAACUCCGACUCCCUUUGCCAGCACUGCAUCGGCCGCACCGACCCCAGCGCAGCCUUCGGCGAGCGUCUUGAUCGGCCUCGCUAUCCACCCAGUCGGCGACAUUGCCCAGUUCUUGCUCGCAGCCGGCCUGGCUCGAUGCGUCGACUGGCACGCUGGUAUGCUUGCUUCGUACGGCGGCAUGGAAAAGUACCGUCAGUCAGAGCGAACCGCCAAAGAGAAGCGUCUAAAUUACUGGCAGUCCUACUCGGCCCCUGCCUCUUCGUCCACCACCUUGGCCAGUCAGCCUGUCGCGGCACGCACCUUUGAUGCCGUCGUCUCGCGCAUCAUCUCUGGCGACACCAUACAGGUCCGCAAGACUGGAAGCGAUGGCAAGCUCGGCCCCGAGAAGCGCAUCCAAUUCGCAUCGUUGCGUCAGCCACAGGCCAAGGACGCCAAGCAGGCUGGCUACGCAGCAGAAGCACGAGAGUUUCUCCGCAAGCGCCUCGUUGGAAAGACGGUCUCGGUGCAGAUGGAUUACAUCAAGCCCAAGGAGGGCGACUUUGACGAGCGGGAGUAUGCGACGGUCAAGCAGGGCAACAAGGAUGCCGACAUUGGACUUUUGCUCAUCUCGCGCGGCCUCGCCACUGUGCAGAGGCACCGUCGUGACGACGAGGACCGCUCGCCCGACUUUGAUCGUCUCAUGGAAGCAGAGGCCAAGGCCAUCGCCGAAGCAAAGGGUAUUCAUUCCGGUAAGGAGCUUCCCGCACCACGCAUGGGCGAUGCCUCUGAGACAGCCUCGAAAGCCAACACCUUCCUUCCCGGUCUCAAGCGUGCAGGUCGCCUCACCGCCGUGGUCGACUUCGUCGCUUCCGCAUCUCGUUUCAAGCUCAUCGUUCCACGCGAAAACGUCCGACUCACCUUUGUACUGGCAGGCAUCCGUGCGCCCAAGACGGCCCGCAACUCUUCCGAGAAGGACGAGCCGUUUGGUCGCGAGGGACUCGACUUUUCCACCAUGCGCGCCCUCCAACGCGAUGUCGAGAUCGAGGUGUUCAGCACGGACAAGGUGGGAGGAUUCAUCGGCGCGCUCUAUCUCAACAAGACCGACAACUCGGCCGUUUCGCUCGUCGAGACCGGUCUCGCGACCGUUCAUGGGUACAGCGCCGAGGCGACGCCUUUCUACAAGUCGCUGAUCGACGCCGAGGAGAGGGCCAAGUCGGGCAAGCUGGGUGUAUGGCACGAUUAUGACGCUGCAGCGGCCGAGGCGGAAUAUGUCGAGGCUGACGGUGCACCGAGUGCCGUCGUCAGGGGUGCUGGUCCAGGCACCGGUGCUGCUCGCAGUGCGGGCGGGUCGGCAUGGGGAGGCGCUGCGAACGGCAGUAGCGCUGCGGGUGCCGGUGCUACUCCUGCGCCGGCCAGGACUGAGUACGUCGACUGCAUCAUCUCGGAUGUGCGUGGCUCGUCUGGACCCGACGAUCCGUUCGGGUUCAGUCUGCAGGUGCUCAAUGACCAGAUCCAAGAGCUCGAGACGCUCAUGGAGGAGUUCUCGCUACACCACAAGUCGCCCGUUGCAUCCGGUCCCACGAGCUUCAUCCCACGUGUCGGCGAUCUCGUUUCAGCCAAAUUCAGCCAAGACGGAGCGUGGUACCGCGCCAUCAUCCGCAAAGUCUCUCCCGGACUCAAGGAAGCACAGGUGUCGUUCAUCGACUACGGCAACAAGGAGAGUGUCAAGUUCAAGGAUCUUCGACCGCUGGACGCGGCUCGAUUCGGACGCACUCGUCUUCCUGCCCAGGCGCGCGAUGCGAGGCUCUCGUUCGUUCGACUGUACGACGGCAAGCAGGCCGAGUACGUGGAGGAGGCUCUGGACAGGUUCCGUGCGAUUGCGGCAGAGGGUCGAAAGAUGAUCGCCAACAUCGACUAUACGGAGCCGGGGACGAACGUGGUUCAUGUCAGUUUGUACGAUCCGGAGAGCCCGGGGAUCGGACAGAGUCCAGAACAGGGUUGCAUCAAUUACGAGCUGGCCAAGGAGGGGUAUGCGCUGUUGGAUGAGAAGGUGAGGUACUGGAAGAGCUACCCGCUGAUGACAAAGGCGUUGAAGAGCGGGUUGGAGGAGGCGAGGAGCAGGCACCGCGGAUGCUUUGAGUAUGGUGAUCCGACGGAGGACUGA